AUGGGCAAGCUGAGCCUCCUGCUUCUGCUCCUGCCUGCCGCGGACGCCCGCCUGCGUGGCUUCAAGGCGCAGGAGCUCCCAGCAGUGGAGGCCCCGGCGCAAGAGGCCCCGCCCGUCAUCUCGUGCGACCAGCAGUCCGCUGCGCAGCCGGAGACGCUAGAUAGCGACUUCGAUGAGCUCGCGCUGCUCCAGCGGAACAUGACGCCGUCCCAGGGCAUGCACCAGAAGAGCGCGGAGGAGUGGCUGGCACACCUGGGAGAUCACGAGACCAAGAUCAGCGCGGCCGAGACUGUCCUGCCGGACGACAUGGUGGCUUCGCAGCUGGCGAAGCUGAGCUCGCAAGGCUGCGCCGACGACCCGCUGUGGCGGGACGCGGACGGCGACAGCUGCGAGAUCUACCGGUUCGCCAUCGAGUCCGGGAAGGCCACGCGGGAGGCCGCCUGUAACGGGGGCGGCGAGGUCCCGCCUCCCAGGGGUCUCCGCGGAGCGGCUGCGGCGACGGUGGUGGCGGACGCCACGGCAAAGAUCUUCUGCCCCGCCACUUGUGGCUUGUGCCCGCCCGCGCCCGCCCCCUCCACCGCAACGGAGCAGGGCGUGGACGGCUUGGACGACGUGAACUUCCUGCAGGUUGGAGUCAGCUCGGCCAGUGGAGUCGCCAAGAAGUCCAUCGCGUCCUGGGAGGAGCACAUGAGCGACCACGAUUCCAGGAUCACGCCAGACCAGCAGGUGCUGGACAGCGAUGCCGUCGCCCUGCAAGAGUCUAAGCUGCAGAGGGGGGAGGGGUGCGCCGACGACCCGCUGUGGCGGGACGCGGACGGCGACGGCUGCGAGAUCUACCGGUUCGCCAUCGAGUCCGGGAAGGGCACGAGGGAGCUGAUCUGCAACGGGGGCGGCGAGAGCCCGCCCUCCGUGGCGCUCCGCGGCGCUCCCAGGGCAUGGGUGGCGGAUGCCACCGCGCGGGUGUUCUGCCCCGUCACGUGCGGUGUGUGCUGA